GCGUAUUCUUAGCUAGCCCCUAUUCUAAAUAACGCAUCCCUGGGUGCCGCUUCGUGUCAGCAACGAGAGAGUACAUGCUCCCCCUCUCGCUCUUCGCGCCCACCCAAUGUCGUUCUUCUUCAAACAAAAGUCGAAGCCGUCUCAUGACCAUGUUCGUUUUGUGUGUGAACAGCUUCCGCGGUUGAGUGCGUCUUCUGAGCAUAAGAAGCCUUUUGAUGAGGUUUGUCGUGCACUUCAAUCAAUAAAGUCGACGUUGUGUGGAACGACAGACGUGCCGCCGCGACCGGACCAGGUGUCAAAUCUACGAUUGGAAAUUUACCAAUCAAACUUGCUCAAUGUUCUUGUUCGUUACUUGCCAGUACUUGGGUUUGAAGCUCGAAAGGACACGGCUGUAAUUUUCAGUGCCUUACUACAUAAUCAAAUCAGUUCUCGAUAUCCUUCAGUAGACUAUUUACUGGCUAAUCAGGACAUAUUUCCCAUUCUACUUCGCUAUUACAAUUCUCCCGAUGUAGCCUUCACUGCAGGUAACAUACUGCGUGAAUGUGCUUUUCAUAAAGCUCUGUGCAGUGUAAUUCUCGAAUUGCCAGAGUUUUGGUUGCUUUUUAAGUUUGUUAAGUCACCCAGCUUCGAUUUGGCAAGCGAUGCAUUCUCGACGUUCAAGGCCCUUCUCAUUCAACACAAACCGUUGGUUGCUGGGUUUAUUGUUCAGCAUUACAACGAUUUUUUUAUUCAAUACACCCUUUUACUUACUUCGGACAAUUAUGUUACGAAACGGCAAUCAUUGAAGCUCUUGGGUGAACUCUUGCUUAAUCGUACGAAUUAUCCGGUUAUGACCCGUUACAUCGCGUCUGCGGAGAAUCUAAAGUUAAUGAUGAUUUUAUUGCGCGACAAGAGUAAGAACAUCCAGUUUGAAGCGUUUCAUGUUUUUAAGCUUUUCGUUGCAAACCCGGAGAAAUCGGUAGAGGUUUUAGACAUUUUACGAAAAAAUAAGUCUAAGCUCCUCACUUAUCUUUCCUCUUUUCAUUUGGAUCGCAAAAACGACGAACAAUUCAAUGAUGAACGUGCUUUUGUAAUUAAGCAAGUUGAGAAGCUCCACUAACUGUUUUAUUUCAACUCCUUCCUCACGAAAUUUAUCACUUGCUACGAAUGCUCCCCUUUUAAUUCUUUUUUUGUUGAAGCACUGACAUAUACACACACACACAUACGCACUUUCAAACAUACACGUACUCUUCUUCGAUCCUCUUUACAUUUCAACUCACUCCAACGACAAACAAGUGUCUACAUUUCCCCUUCCUCUCUUAUUCUCUUACACCUUUUCUUCCUCUUUCUGUUUUGUUUUAAACACUUUUUGAACCCUUAGAUUUGGGCUUCCGCAACAAACCUCUUUUUACACUUCUCUCUGCUUUUGCCGCACUAUCUUACGGUUUCAAUGAACGACACUUUCAUCCCAACAACCCAUGGAUACAACACCUCUUCCUCACAUGAACUGAAUUCACCAUAUACCUCUUUCUGAUCACCAUUCCUUUGGUCACAUUGAUUCACGAACACCAUAGUCAUUAAUCAGAACAACGCAGUUGCUAACCACUAUUUUCUUUUCCCGUAACUCCCCUUGUGGUCCUCAGCCGCCUGUUGUAAAGACUAGGGAAUAACAAAUUUAUGAACAACUACAAGUACGCCCAUUCAAUAAAAUGAAAUUGCUAAGUCAAAUGCUACGGUCGUAAAUGCAAAUGAACCUUGUAUA